GGAGCUAUUUCGUUCGCUGCAUUCCCUUUCUUCCGCCUUCUGCAGGGCCUGCCAUGGCUGCUCUUGGUGAGGCUUUAGCAGGCAGGAUGUGAUGUGUCUCCUGUGAUGGUGCAAGGUCGGGGGAGACCUGAGAGCCCCCAUUGGGGCCCACGUCAUACGCUCAAGGAAAGGGAAGAUCAAAAAAGAAGCCAAAUAGGUGAACGGAGGAAAGACGAGUCAUCAGCCUCCUCGAUGACUGGCACUGUUCGUCCCGGCUUGGGCAUCGUGUGCGGCGGCCGAUGCCUGAUCGUCGCGGUCGCGGUGGAGGUCCCGAGUAGGGUCAAAGGGGGUAAAGCGGCGAGGCAUCGGUGCCAAGGUCAUAAGGGACACAUCUAUGUAUAUGGUGAUUGUCGAGCGUCGAUACGUUCGCGAGACUCAAGAUAUUUUGUCUGGAGUGGAUGGCUUUCUGCAUUCAUCUACGAGUAGUGGCCAGCUGGAGUAAUGGUAGCAUGCUCAGCAACGCGAUCCUGCCAUGACUUGAGGUGGCGUGUGACUGUGUGCGGCGCGCGCCUGAUGGCUUGUAUGGUGGUGAUUGGAAGGGGCACUGUGCAUUUACUAACAGGGACGACCA